AUGCUAGGAUUUGAAAGACCUGGUGAACCUUCUCAGCUUGCUACUCUGGAUAUCGUUUGUAAUGUGUCAUAUGGUGUUGUAAUGCAUACAUUUGAGUCCCUUGUGGAGACAGCUGACUCUUCAAAAAAGUGGCAGCAGAGUGGUGUCACUAUUGGAUCGAAGAGUUUCAUCCUGUUUAUUCGUUAUGUUGGAAGGAUUCCGGAAGAUGUUGUGUUAACAUCACUUCACUGUGGGUGGCUAAGGGACCACUCCUUGGAAAGCUUUUCUUUGCCUUCUUUGAGAUUUGCUGGUCGGUGUGCGAGGCAUUGUUAUUCCGUGCUUAGUGCUAGUUGUUGCCCUGUUACCAAGAGGGAAGUGAAGGAAAACUGGAAGAGUUGGAAAUGGAGAUCUUCCAAGGACUUAUUUUUAAAUGAUGCUUAUUUUGUACCAUCUGGAUUUAGAAGUUGUGCUCCAAAUUACUCACCUUCUCAAUCUUUAAGUGCUGCUCCAGCAUACAUGGUACCUGCAAUAACUCUCAAUGCAGGUCCCAUAAAUUGUAUUGUUUGGAGAAUAUGUUAG